AUGGAGAAUAUUGCGGUGGGGAUCAUCGGCAUGGGCGAUAUGGGCCGCAUAGUCAACGCUUGCGACAGGCCAGACAAGUUCCAAACACUUCAAAAGGAGUACGAGAAUGAGAAAGGAAUAAAUGUAUUACCUAAUGGUCAUCUCGUCUCCAGGGCUAGCGACUGGAUCAUUUACAGCGUUGAAGCCGAGCUGAUAGAGAGAGUCGUUGCUGAGUAUGGCCCGUCUACCAAAGUGGGUGCCAUCGUCGGCGGACAGACUUCAUGUAAAGCCCCAGAGCUGGCCGCUUUUGACAAGUACCUGCCCAGUGAUGUUGAGAUCGUUUCUUGCCACUCUCUCCAUGGCCCUGCCGUAGACCCGACAGGUCAACCCCUUGUUAUCAUCCAGCAUCGUGCAUCACAAAAGAGCGUCGACCUUGUCGUUCAGAUCCUCUCAUGUCUCAACUCCAAGAUGGUAUUCCUUUCAGGAGAAAAGCAUGACCGAAUCACGGCCGACACGCAGGCGGUCACUCAUGCAGCCUUUCUCAGUAUGGGUACAGCGUGGGCGGCCAAUCAACAGUUCCCAUGGGAGAUCAACCGGUAUGUUGGCGGCAUUGAGAAUGUCAAGAUCAACAUCACAUUGCGUAUCUACGCCAACAAGUGGCACGUCUAUGCCGGCCUGGCCAUCCUCAACCCUGCCGCCCGGGAACAAAUCCGACAGUAUGCGCAAUCCGUGACAGAAUUGUACAAGCUGAUGCUGGGCGGUCAUCGCGAGGAAUUCGCGCAUCGAAUCAAGAGCGCGGGAGCUGCAGUUUUUUCGAAUGAAACAUUGAACCACAACCUCUUGCUAGGGGACGAGGUACUCGACAGAUUUUCCUUGUCGAAGCGACCAAAAGAGAGACAGCCCAACAACCAUCUCAGCUUACUGGCGAUUGUGGAUUGUUGGUGGAAGCUCGGAAUUGUGCCGUAUGACCAUAUGAUCUGCUCCACGCCGCUGUUUCGCAUUUGGCUGGGAGUGACGGAAUAUUUAUUUCGAAACGAGACCUUACUGGAGGAGGUCAUCAAUACAGCCAUCGAAGACAACACCUUUCGGUCCGACGACUUGGAAUUCACCUUUGCAGCCAGGGCCUGGUCCGAAUGUGUCUCCUUCGGCAAUUUUGAAGCCUACCGCAAUCGAUUCGAGAACAUCCAGCAGUUUUUCGCUCCACGGUUCCCCGAAGCAGUGAGAUUGGGCAACGAAAUGAUCAAGGAAAUCAUGUUGAAAACAAAGACGUAA